AUGGCUGCUGUCAGAGACUACAAAACCGCUUUACAACACUUAGAAUCUUUUGAAAGAAAGGAUGGUUUAUCUGUCGAGGAAUUAAUGGAUUCCCAGACCAGAGGUGGUUUGACUUACAACGAUUUCUUGAUCUUACCAGGUUUGGUUGAUUUCCCUUCUCAUGAAGUCAAAUUGCAAACUAAGUUGACCAAGAAAAUCAGUUUGAACACUCCAUUUGUUUCCUCUCCAAUGGAUACUGUUACUGAAGCUGAUAUGGCUAUUCACAUGGCUUUGUUGGGUGGUAUCGGUAUCAUUCACCACAACUGUCCUGCUGAUGAACAAGCUGCUAUGGUUAGAAAGGUUAAGACUUAUGAAAAUGGUUUCAUUAACUCUCCUGUCGUCAUUGCUCCAACCACUACUAUUGGUGAAGUUAGAAGGAUGAAGGAAGAAUAUGGAUUCUCUGGUUUCCCAGUGACUGAAAAUGGUCAAUUCCCAGGUAAAUUGUUAGGUUUAAUUACCUCUCGUGAUACCCAAUUCCUUGAAGAUGAUACUAUUCCAGUUUCUGAAAUUAUGACUAAAAAUCCAGUCACUUCUCUACAUGGUAUUACUCUUUCUGAAGGUAAUGAAAUCUUGAAGAAGACCAAGAAGGGUAAACUAUUGGUUAUUGAUGAAGCUGGUAACUUAGUCUCUAUGUUAUCAAGAGCUGAUUUAUUGAAGAAUCAAGAUUACCCAUUGGCCUCCAAGUCUGCUACUACCAAGCAAUUGCUAUGUGGUGCUUCCAUUGGUACUAUCGAUACUGAUAGAAUCAGAUUAGCUAAAUUGGUUCAAGCCGGUUUAGAUGUUGUUGUCAUUGACUCUUCUCAAGGUAACUCUAUCUUCCAAUUGAACUUGAUUAAGCACAUUAAAGAGACUUAUCCAGAUCUGGAAGUCAUUGCUGGUAACGUUGUUACUAGAGAACAAGCUGCCAAUUUGAUUGCUGCUGGUUGUGAUGGUCUAAGAAUCGGUAUGGGUUCUGGUUCCAUUUGUAUCACACAAGAAGUUAUGGCAUGUGGUAGACCACAAGGUACUGCCGUCUAUAAUGUUUGUCAAUUUGCUAACCAAUUCGGUGUCCCAUGUAUGGCCGAUGGUGGUAUUGGUAACAUUGGACAUAUUGUGAAGGCCAUUGCAUUGGGUGCUUCCACUGUUAUGAUGGGUGGUUUACUUGCUGGUACAACUGAAACUCCAGGUGACUACUACUUCAGAGAUGGUAAGAGAUUGAAGUCCUACCGUGGUAUGGGUUCUGUCGAUGCUAUGCAAAAGGGUGCUGCUUCUGCUUCUCGUUAUUUCUCUGAAGCUGAUAAGGUGUUUGUUGCUCAAGGUGUUGCUGGUUCCGUUGUUGACAAGGGUUCCAUCAAGAAGUUCUUACCAUACUUGUACAAUGGGUUACAACAUUCUUGUCAAGAUAUUGGUGUUAGAUCUACUCAAGCUUUGAUUACUGAAGCUCAGAACGGUAAUGUUAGAUUUGAAUUCAGAACUGCUUCUGCUCAAUUGGAAGGUGGUAUUAACAACUUGCAUUCUUAUGAAAAGCGUUUACAUAAUUAA